AAAUCUAUCUAUCCAUCCAAUCAAACAAUCACCGUCAAGUGAAUCAUGAAGAAUCUCGUGGUUGAUAAUGGAUCAUAUACGGUCAAAUGUGGGUUUUCCGGGGAUCAGAAAUCUCCCCAGAUAACUGCAAACACGGUGGUUCGAACCCGAGACGGUGCCAUCCACACUGGGAAUGCCUACCUUCUGCAACACAGUCAAUACUCUGGAAUGUUAUUCAAAAGACCACAUGAACAGGGGAACUUAACGUCGUGGGAAAUAGAACGGCCUGUGUGGGACAUAGCGUUUGAAGAGCUUCGUGUGGACGCUAAGGAUACAAGGUUGAUCUUAUCCGAGACUCCAUUUCAACUUCCACAACUCUCCAUCAACACCGACCAAAUCGUGUUCGAGGAAUAUGGCUUCGAUCUGUACUAUAGGGCAGUCCCACAGGCAUUGGUAGAUUGGGUUGAACACGAUGAAGCUGAGGGUGAGAAUGGUGUCAAUUCUUCAGAACAGAAACUCACUCGGAAAUCAACGAAAAAAGACGUGAAACCAAUCAAACUGAAUUUCUCUUUAAUAAUCGACUCGGGUUUCAACUGUACCUGGAUUGUCCCGAUGCUUUAUAAUAACGUGUAUUGGAAGGGGGUCCGUAAAUUCCCCCUAGGGGGUCGGGCAAUCAAUGGGCUCCUACGAGAAUUGAUUUCCUUCCGUCAUUACGACGUUUCAGAUGAAGCUGUACUUAUAAAUACCAUCAAGGAAUCAACUUGUUUCAUGGCUCAAGACUACAAGAAAACAUUGUCAAAUAGAUCUUCUCAUGAUUGUGUUUUUGUCUUACCGGAUUUCAAAACAACCACUACCGGGUACAUCCGUGAUGAUUCUACCAAGCGUUCUAAAAACUCUGAUGAUCUGGAACAACAAGUACUCCAUUUGAGUGAUGAAAGGUUCACUCCUUCAGAAGCAUUCUAUCAUCCGGAAAUUAUUUUCAACUCUUCAACCUCAAAUCUGUCCAAAAUUCAUAGCUCAACUUUUAAAAACUUGACCGAUUUGAUCGUAGAACUGUUAAUGACAUGCCCUGUUGCUACCAGACCCAUGCUUCUGGCAAACAUCUCUAUAGUUGGGGGCACUUCGAAAAUGAAAAACUUUAAAGAAAGACUCUCACAUGAGCUUACCAGUGAAUUACCAAUGGAUUGGACCGUUAGAAUUCGUGAAAACCGGUACGAUUCCAUUGAUAUGGCUUGGCAUGGUGGGGUCUCGUUGUCCGAGGAUGACCGUUUGAACGACGUAUGUAUCCUGAAAAAGGAAUAUUUUGAGCAUGGUCCAAACUGGUGUCAACGUCAAUUUGGUUUUAAAAACCAAUAGAGUAAACAAAGUAAGACUCAGAGGGCCAAUAGAUUUUGGACCUUGACACGUGUAUAUAUAGAUGUAUAUUAGAUGAACAAUACAAAUUAGUUCU